UUUUACAGUUUUAGUGUACAAUAAUAUAAUACAGUAAUAAGAAACUCACAUUCCAUCUUUUUGUUUCUGAUGAAUUUGAAAUUAAAUAUUUUCUUAAUACAGUAAUAGUAGCCUACCACACACAUGGAUAAAAGAUUGCAGGUUCGAAAAUCUUCUAUUUGUAAAGUUGUCAUGCUCGGUGAUGCUGGAUCUGGAAAGACUUGUCUUCUUCGAAGAUUUAUGAAUGAUAUGUUUGAUGCAUCAACCCAACCAACUAUUGGAGCUGCUUUCGGAACAAAAACCGUGAUGACAAGUAAUAAUGGGCCUGUAUCACUGCAAAUUUGGGAUACUGCCGGACAAGAGAGAUAUCAGGCACUUGCAAAUUUGUACUAUCGUAAUGCAAAUGCUGCAGUAGUAUGCUGUGAUCUGACUGAUUUGAGAAGCUUUGAGCGAUUGGAAUAUUGGAUAAAGCAACUACGCAAUGCAGAGAAAGGUUGUAAAAUUUACGCUUGUGGAAACAAAGCCGAUCUGAUAUGGGAUGGUAUAAAAAACCGUGCUGUUACAUUACAAGACCUUCAAAUUUUUCAAACCAAGGUUUUUGAGACAUCAAGCAAGAUGAGUUAUAAUGUCUUUCAGCUUUUUCAAAUGAUUGCUGAUGACUUGGAACCUGUUGAAAAUAAUAGUUCAGUUUCUACUCAAGUUAAUGUAAAUGCAGUUGAGAAACAAAAUGAAAAAAAGUGCUGCUAAUUAUGAAAUUUCAUCAUUGCCAACAUAAUCAUAACUACUGCGGCAGAAAGAUUUCAGUGAAUUGGUCUAAUCAUGCUAUAUAUUUCAAUUUCUUAUACAUGAAUUUCACUAUGAAUUUCUUGUUGCUGUGUAUUCAUAUAUAUGUAUCGAAAUGUGUAGAUCUAUGCCAUAUUUAUUCUAUAUCAAGUGUUUUUAUUCAAAUUUUGCAGUCUAAUGGUUUUAUACAUGUUGAGGUUGGUGCAGUGGCGUAUUCAUGCAAAAUGGCACCCAAGGCAAAUUUAAAAAUGCGGCUCCUGGAUUAUUGACUGGCAAUUUUUAACGAUUGUUGUUCAAUUGUGAUACUUGUAUGUUAAGUAAAAAUGCGAGUUAUGAUUAACUCAUGUAUUUCCUGUUGAAAUCAUUUUAUUGAAACAUUUUACGAUUAAAAUUUUUUGCUGUUGCGAUGGCUGCCAUACUCUAGAUACGCCACUUGAGUUCCAACAAAACUUGGCAACACUCAAAGAAUAUCAUCUGGUUCAUUCCUGUCGGAGAGUAUUCUCUACAUGCAGUAAAAUGUACUAUUGUUUUUGCCACCAUCUUCAUCCAUCUUUAUAUUUAUUUUGUUAAACUUGUGCUGAAUUAUUGAUUACAUUUUUUCAUUUUUAUUCAAUAUUGAUUAGAUUUUUUGAUUUUUAUUCAAUAUAUUUACUUUAUUUACUCAAUAUUCAUACAUCAUACUGUCAACCUCCUUUUUCAAUAGUAUAUUGCAUUCACGAAUAUUCACUAUUUUUAAUAUACUUAUUUUCAAAUUCUUUGCGGGUAUUUAGGUACCUAGUCAAAACUACAUUAACCAAAUACAAAUUGGAAGUACAACCAAAAAGGUAAUGUAAAUGCAUUAUAAUUUAGCCCAGGUGAGUAGCUAUGCAACAUUGUAAGGAAGGUAAUAUUAACAAAUUUUAGAUAUGAGCAAUACAAUUGUUAUUAAUCAUUGUUAUCAUUCCUUUGUUGUGUUUUAAUUGUAUAUUUUUUAUAUAUUGUCACUUGUCAAAAGAGCAGUUGACAUAUUCUGAUGACGUUUUCCGGAUUAUUUUCUGUUUAUUUGAUAUAGGUCAAUGCUAUAUUUUAUAUCAAGUAUAUUUCUUCAAAAUUUUACAGUCGAUUGGUUAUAUACAUGUUGAGGUUUGAUUUCCAUUAAGACUUGAGAACACUCAAGAAAUAUCAUCUGGUUCAUUCUGAAUUAAUUUAUGAAAAAUAAAAUAAAGAUUCAUGGCAGAGAGUGAUUUCUACAUGCAGUAUAUUGUACAAUUGUUUUUUCUGCCAAUCCAUUGUUUUCAUCUAUAUUUAUUUUAUUAAACUUGUAUUGAAUUUUUGAUUACAUUUUUUCCUUUUCAUUCAUACUCCUGGUAACCUCUUUUUUAAAUAGUAUAUUGUAUUCAUGAUUAAUCACUAUUUUUAUUUUACUUAUUUUUAAACUCAUUCCGGGUAUUUAUGAGGCCAAAACUACAUUAACCAACUUUAAAUAUGAAGUACAACCAAAAAAGUCAUUUAAAUUUGAAAUGAUUGUUUUGAUAAUCAGAAAAGAUAUUAAUUAUAUGAUUCCGGCUAUCCAGCACUCACUUUUCAUAUUUAUUCAAAUAUACUAAGUGAAAUAUUUGGAAUUUUGAUUCUGCAGUACCUGAAAAUGUUGUCUAAUAAAAUUCCUAUAAUCACAGUGGAAAUCCUUGACGAAUAUGAGUAGCAGCUAUGCGUCAUUGUAAGAAGGGUAAUAUUAACAAAUUUUAAAUAUGAGCAAUACGAUUGUUAUUAAUCAUAGUUAUCAUUCUUUUAUUGCGUUUUAAUUGUUUCUUUAUUAUAUUUGUCAGUUGGCAAUAGAGCAGUUGACACAUUCGAUGACGUUUACUAAAUUAUUUUCUGUUUAUUUAUUAUAAGAACUUCAAAGAAUGAUGUCAUAUGAUUUUACUCAUUAUGAAAUUUUCCACUGUAUUGUUUUUCUGUGGUUUAACAAAGACAAAUCUGAUUUGUCUUUGCAAUAUUGCUUUUUGAAAAACCUGCAAAUAUAUUUUAAUAAUAUCACAUUUUUACACAUUUGUUUCAAUUUUUAUUAUGGCAUUUUUUUUAUAAACAUAGUUGAAAUCGUUUGAGUGAGAAACUAUCAUACGCUUAUGAUUUUGACAUUACCAUCAAGAAUUUUGUUAGGCAUGAAGGGAAAGGACAUCAAAUUUAGUUGCGAUGAAAUAAUAUUAAUGGAAUUACAGGAGAUAUUUGGAAUGUUGACCCUAAAUCAAACUUUAAAUUUAUAUUAAUUUUAUACAAUUUAAACUAUAGAAAGCCAGCGGGGAAUUAUUUGACCAAAAUGUGAAUCCUUGAAAUAAGCUUCCAUUCACAAAUAUGAUGUGCUUGUACAUUCAUAUACAAAACAUGUACUGAAACAAUUAUAAAUGGUCCACUGUAUCUAAUUUAGUUUCAAUAUUGUAGCAGUUUUUAUAACCUUUACUCUAUAGUCUAUGCAUAGGAAAUAUUUUAUAACCUCCCUUUGUUGUACGUUUGUGUAUAUUGUAGCGUAAGUUAGUUGAAUGGCAAGGACAUAACCCAAUGAGUUUUGAUUGCUGGUGUUAGAUUUAAUCUCUAGCCAGUCACCUUCUCAAGCAGUAGUGAAUUUGUUAAUAUUUCAUUGUGCUAAAAUUGAAGUUUUGGGGUUUAGUUCUUUGAAUUCAUCACAUAAAAAUAGUCUAUGUCCUGCUAAAAUUGUGAUUGUGCAUACUCUAGUUAUUUUUCACACUAAAAAAUGAUUCUACUGUCAAUAUGUUGCAUGCAAUAUCUCAUGUUGUUUAUUGUCUUUUAUACCAUUAUAUUCUAGAAAA